CCCUUCAAGUUUGUAUAGGAUCUUUUUGCAUAACCCUUUAAAAAGGUCCUAAUUUUAUGUUCACUCCCUUAGAGCAUGCAAAUUUUGUUUUGGCCCCAAAUCUUUGGAGUUAUUUUCACCCGAAACGCGUUCAUACUCCGACCCGUUAAAAGCCGCAAACCCCCAAAAACCCCAAAAUUCCCAUGUCGGAGAAGUCAAAUGGAGCUCCGAGAGCGCGCCCAGUCCGGGACACGGCCCAUUAGCGAUGAACGGGGCAAAUAAUUGAGCUUGCCGUUGGGAGAUCUUACCGGUGGAGAGCGGAUCCGAGCCUCCUCUGUUUAGAGAAGUCUUUUGAACGGUGAUGCUUUUUGCUGAUGCAGGAUGUAUCAUGUGAAGUAUUUCAGCUGAGACAUUUUCUAGUCUUAUUGGUGAGUUGGAAACUCUUAUUGGUCAUCAAAUGCUAUAUUGACUGAGCUUCAACAUGGAAUCUCUCAUCGUCCCAAACUUUUGCAGUCUCCAGCCUGCAGCACGAAUGACAAAUUAUAGAGGAAAAAUUAUCUGCUUCUCGAUCAUAAUCAUCGACAUAGCAGCCGGUAUACUUGGACUCAAAGCUGAAAUAGCUGAACACAAGGGAACCAAUUUGAGUAUCUUUCUCUUUGAAUGCAAAGCUCCAAUGCGUCAGGCUUAUAAGCUUGGGCUUGCAGCAGCUGUGCUCCUUGUGCUGGCUCAUGCUGUUGCUAACUUGCUCGGUGGGUGCACGUGCAUCUGCUCAAGGGAGGAGUUUCAACGGGCAUCAGCAGACAGGCAGAUGGCUGUAGCAACAUUAUCUCUCUCGUGGCUCGUCUUGGCUGCUGGGUUCACAUUGCUGAUGAUUGGAGCAGUGUCAAAUUCUCAGUCAAGGGCAUCAUGCAUAUUACCACACCCACAUUUUCUCGCAACUGGGGGUAGCGUGUGCUUCGUCCAUGGGCUUUUUGGCAUGGCGUAUUAUGUUUCUGCUGCAGCCGCAUCAUUGGAAGAGGAACAGAAUCAUAGAAGAGAUGAAAGCCUAGGAGUCCGCGUAUAAAUUUCCGUUACACCCUCUUCUCUGUAACCUAUUUUGCAGGAGAAAUUAUGUCAGUUGAUAAAUUUAUAACCUUGUAUUGAUUAUUAUUCAGGUAGUACGGGGUUGAUGAAUUUUAACUGCCUUGUUUCACUUCUUGAUUAGAGAUCAUCUAAUAAAUUACUUUUUAUAGUACUCUUUCA